AGCCUAUUUGGCAAAGCGCCCCGCCUUAGGGAAAUUUGGUGGGCCAUGGCCGAGGUAGCCACUCCCGUGGGGGGGGGGCCUGUUUGCUCGACGCCUCCGCUCAUGAAGGAGAAGGUGCAACGGCCCAGCCUUACUCGCGAGGGGUCGUCGAACAGCAUGAGUGGCAGGAGAAAGCUGACACGCGAGGGGUCGACAAACAGCAUGACUGGCAGGAGCAAGCUGACGCGCGAGGGGUCGACAAACAGCUUCAGCGGCGACGGGCCCAGGAACGCCCACUGGCAGGCCCUGUGCCGGGAGGGAUCCUUCAUAGAGUCGUCUGUCAAGGAGGAGCGUUUGACCUUCGAUGGGGACGUCGAGAUGUUGUGCGAGGCAUUCUACAAGCUCAUCUCCGAUCUCGCCGGCAACCCCAGCGUGAUCAUCAUCGACGUGAUUCAGGAGACUGGGUCCCACGCCUCCGCCGCAGGCUUUCUGAAGGCCUUCCGGCGGUUGGCGCGCUUAUCACCAUGGCCCACUGCGUGCUGCAUUCGCGUUCCGCAGCUGAAGGCAAUGGAUGUGAUCGUGGCGCUGACGUGCGAUGUCGUGUUCGUAGAGGUCGACGAGCUGAAGGUGGUCAGGGGCGAACACGAGGAGGAGGAGAUCAUGAAGAUGGCGCGCCAGCACUGGCGCUUCUUCACUGGCGACUCUCCGCCUGAGGGCGGAGCGUGGAACUUCGACAGCCUCGCCAUGGGCUCCAAGAUCUCCCCCUCCAAGCUCUUGGGGGACUUCCUGCCCCACUACUGGAUGGCGAUGCGCAAUGUGGGGAUGGCGGCUCCAAUCUUCCGCGGGGCGCAGGACGAGGACGGGGCCGUUGGCUCGGUGGAGCGCCUCAAGGGAGCCUUCACCUACAUCUUCGGCCCCAAGGUCGCGGCCCUCUUCGCCGCCUGGGACGCCUCGAAGAGCAGACCAGGGGCGAGCACCGAGGUGGCUGUUGUCGCCUCGGCGCAGAUGAUGAAGAAGGAGGAGAGCGCGGCUGCGGCCAAGGCCGUCGUGGAAGCAUCCGUUGUCUGUGAGCAGGUGUCGGUCGGGGUGGCCAAGAUCACCUUCACCUCGGACGUGAUGUUCACCCCGACGGGCUUCGUCAUGAAGCAGUGCGAGGUGCUGAACCAAAAGACGAUCAAGCACGUGGACGUGGUGAUCAACGACGGCAGCUUCGCGAACUCUCAGAGCAUCUUCCCCCCGAACACCCGCAGCCACGUGGACCUGUACAAGUGGCACAGGCGCUGGGAGCAGUUCCUCCAGAGCCUCCGCACGAGGCACGUGGUGGCCACUAUGGCGGGCAAGAGCGUCUGCCCGCCCCUGAUGGAGCUCUUCUUUAGCGCCGACGUGCGCCUUUGGGCCUCGCCCCGCACACAGGUGGUGUGGUGCAGACCGCCCUUCACGUACACCCCCGGCCCCGAGGCCAUGCAGGGCGGGCUGCGGCAGCUGCCCGUCGCCGUGCUGCGCCGGCUGCUCCUGGACGGCAUCUCGACGACGGAGGCCGAGGAGUGGGGCCUCAUCAAGGUGCGCGGGGACUCGCCGCUGGCCGCCCUGCAGGAGGCGACGAAGAAGAAGCGGGACCGCCGGCGCUCCGACAUGCCCGAGUCCCAGAUCGACGCGCACGGGUGCGCCGCCGGGGACGCCCUGAAGACGGCGUCGGGAGAGGAGGGCGCGAACCCGCGCGUCUUCCGGAGGCGGAGCGCGGCCAUGCAGGAGGACCUGGGCAGCCGCGCGCUGCCGACGCGGACGUGGCAGUGGGGCGGCGGGCAGCUGCGCCUGCCCGAGGCCAGCUGGCGGCCCAGCUGUGAGAGCGGCGUGUGCAGCAUGAUCGGGUACGGGCUCGGCACGCCCGGCGAGGAGCACCGGCACGUGCAGGCCAAGACGGCCGCGAUGAUGGGCGUUCCCAAGGAGCACCCGCACUACUCCGUGCUCACAGCCCCCCACAUCAAGACGCGGUACCUGGCGGAGAUGGGCAGGGAUCUGGCGGACCCAGCCUCGGUCAACCUCGAGCGGCUGCACGAGAAGCAUCUGCACUGGGCGAAGAAGAUGCUGCACGACUCGAUCACGGCGGCGCUCGCGGACGCCGACAUCUCUGGAGCCGACGUCGGCCACGUCUCCAUCGUCAGCAGCUCUGGCUACCUUCUCCCAGGCCUGUCUGCCUACGUCGUGCAAGACCCGGACCUGGGGAUUCCACAGUGCGUGUGCCGCUGCGACAUCGUGGGCAUGGGCUGCCACGCGGGCCUCAACAGCCUGAAGUCCGCGGCCGCGUGGGCCAUCGCGAACCCGGGCUGUUAUGCGCUGGCCUGCGGCUGCGAGGUCAUGUCCGCCCAGUACGUGUGGGGCGACGUCUCCAGGAAGAACCUGAACAACGUCGUCUGCAACUCGCUUUUCGGAGAUGGGAGCUUCGCGACGGUGCUGUACUGCUCGCCGCCAGACGAGGUGGAGUCAAAGCCAGCAUACUUCGACGCUCCGCCGCAGUGGUGGACGGCGCUGUGCGACACAGCGGCUCUUCCAGAUAUGACCUACCAAGUGGAGCCAUCCGAGGGUAAGUAUCGGUUUGACCUGUCCGAGCUCGCGCCUUACCACGUCUCCCAGGGUCUCUUCACCAUGAUGCACCUGGCACUGUAUGCGGACAUCCCCGUGCACUACGCCGACCACGUGCUGACGCACACCGGCGGACAGACGAUCCUGGACAACGUCACCACGGCCCUGGGGCUCGAGGGCAGGCCCGAGGACACCCUCCCGUACACUGUGGGGGCCCUCCGGGACUAUGGCAACCAGUCGUCCUGCUCCAUCCUGUUUGUUUUCGACAAGCUGGUGAAGUCCAAGAAGGUGCACUGCGGUGAUCUCGGCCUCUUCGUCACCAUGGGGCCAGGCGCGGGUCUCGAGAUGUCCCUCUGGACGGCUGGCGAGCGGUUCCCUCCGAGCACCAAAAAAGCCACCGCAACGCUGCGGACCGGUGACGCCAGGCCUCGGAAGAUCCCCUACGGUUCCCUCUCUGCCCACGGGCUUCAGACGCACCACGAGAUCGCCUCCGGCUCCCCGGUGUGGCUCGCGCCAUCUGGCGAGCACGACCGGGACAGCGCCGACGAGGAGGAGGACAUCUUCAGAGAAGUGGAGCCCAUCGCGGAGGAGCCUGAAACUCCGCAGGACGAUAUCGCAAAAAUUGACGCCGAGUUGGUAGCACUCUCACAAAAGAUGAAGGAGCUUUACAAGAGGCGCCAGCUCUUGAGUGGUGCGCUGGAAAACAAAAACUGAUUUGACUGGUCUUUGUCCGGCAUGCAAUUGUUAUCCACACUAGGUGUCAAUCCGCGUUGGCUUCUUAACUCGUUCCUGGUUUUACUGUCCGCAUGGUAAGAUGUUUUGCUGACGCUUCUCAUACGAAGUCGCCGUGCUCUUGGAUGUCGUGCAUGGUUCGCUGUUUAAUGCCGGUAGAGUCGCAUGCAGCGAGAUAUGCGCGAUUGCUUCGGCGCGAGGCGAGGUCAUAAUGACCUGUCGUUUUCCGCCGACGUUGGGCACAUCGAUGAUUAGGGCGUGACCUUCUUUUCAUCGUCCUGAUCUUCCUCCUCAUCCUCGCUCCCCUUGGUGCGGACCCCCUCUUCCUGUUUCCUCUCUCCCCUCUGACGUACUAUCCUUCACCCUCCUCUGCGUUUUUGACGACACUUGUUCCGUCCCUUCGUAAGUGAGGGCCCAGGCAGGCACCAGCUGCAGAAGGCAGCCAGUAUCGCAUGCGCUCAGUGACGCCUUGUCUCUCCCGGUCAUCUGUCGAGAGAGAAC